AACCUCGGAUCCCAGGAGCUACCAACCUGCAGGUUCAUUCGUUGUAUUUACGGGCUGGAGGAAAGGCAGUGUAUAGAGUAGAGGUCAAGAGUAGCUCUGGCUUUGAGCAACCCGUUCACUUGCUGUUGAACUCUGGGCUACUUAACCUCCUUAAGAGCUCAGUCGUGAAUGGGACCUUAGCGUCUCCUGUAGGUGGUCGUUUGAAGGAUAAAAGGACCUAGCACACAGUGUAAGCAAUCAAAUAUGCUGUUUAUUAGCUGGCGUCUUUGGCGUUGCUUGGAAGAUCUGAAUACAGUCUUAAAUCAGUUCCUGGCACACCCCGCAUAGAGUUUCCCCCAUCGGAAGCAGCUCUUAUGCUAAUCAAAGCCCGCAGAAUUCAGUGUCCUGUGAUUUAUAGUUUGGACGUGACUUUCGAAACCACUGUCUUUCUCUGCCCUCUGUAGAAGAAACAGUUUGUGUGAAGGCUGUAAGGCUUGGAGAGGUUUUGGCUAUUUUGAGGACUAGAAGGUGGGCCAUAUGAGUGUGACUGAAGCUUAGUGGAAGACAGAUGGUGUGGAAUGACCCGGGAGAAGGACUACAUCACAGCAAGCUCGUUUGAUAUAGUCAUCAUUGGUGGCGGAAUUGUGGGGCUUGCCUCUGCCAGAGCACUCAUCCUGCGACAUCCAUCACUUUCUAUUGGUGUUCUGGAAAAGGAGAAAGAUUUAGCUGUUCACCAGACUGGACAUAACAGUGGUGUCAUACAUAGUGGAAUUUAUUAUAAACCUGAGUCUCUGAAAGCCAAAUUAUGUGUACAAGGUGCAGCCCUUCUCUAUGAAUACUGUCAGCAAAAGGGAAUUUCCUACAAGCAGUGUGGCAAGCUUAUAGUAGCUGUUGAACAAGAAGAAAUUCCCAGACUUCAGGCCCUGUAUGAGAGAGGCCUCCAGAAUGGUAUCCAGGGCCUGAGGCUGAUCCAGCAGGAGGAUAUAAAAAAGAAGGAGCCAUAUUGUAGGGGUCUAAUGGCGAUUGAUUGUCCACAUACUGGCAUUGUGGACUAUCGGCAGGUGGCUUUGUCAUUUGCCCAGGAUUUCCAAGAAGCAGGUGGCUCUGUCUUGACUAAUUUUGAAGUAAAAGAUAUUGAAAUGGCUAAAGAAAGUCCUUCAAGAAGUAUAGAUGGAAUGCAAUAUCCGAUUGUUAUAAAGAAUACAAAGGGAGAGGAAAUUCGAUGUCAGUAUGUUGUGACAUGUGCAGGACUUUACUCAGACCGUAUUUCAGAGUUGAGUGGCUGCACUCCUGAUCCUCGAAUUGUACCAUUCCGGGGAGAUUACCUGCUCUUGAAGCCGGAAAAAUGUUAUCUUGUAAAAGGAAAUAUUUAUCCGGUCCCAGAUAGCCGGUUUCCUUUCCUAGGAGUUCACUUCACACCAAGGAUGGAUGGCAGUAUUUGGCUAGGUCCUAAUGCAGUUCUUGCCUUUAAACGAGAGGGUUACAGACCCUUUGACUUCAGUGCCACAGAUGUUAUGGAUAUAAUUAUUAAUAGUGGCUUGAUUAAACUGGCAUCCCAGAAUUUUUCCUAUGGAGUUACUGAAAUGUAUAAAGCGUGUUUUCUUGGUGCAACAGUGAAGUAUCUUCAAAAAUUCAUCCCUGAAAUUACUGUCAGUGAUAUACUUAGGGGCCCAGCUGGAGUAAGAGCCCAAGCCCUGGAUAGAGAUGGAAAUCUGGUAGAAGAUUUUGUAUUUGAUGCAGGAGUUGGGAAUAUUGGAAAUCGUGUUCUUCAUGUGAGAAAUGCACCUUCCCCUGCUGCUACUUCUUCCCUUGCAAUUUCUGGAAUGAUUGCAGAUGAAGUACAACAAAGAUUUGAAUUGUAAAUAAUGAAAGGAGCUAGGUAUGCACUGUAAUCUCCAUGUCAGCAACAAGAGUGUACUAAUUGCAUUCUUUAAUUUAAAAAAUGGUUUUUAAAAUUUCAUUUUUAGGUCAAAGAUAACCACUGAAUUGUUAAAAUGAUAUAACAUAGAAAUAAUAAUUUUCUACAAAAAUUAGCUGGGCAUGGUGGCACAUGCCUGUAAUCCCAGCUACUCGAGAGGCUGAGGCAGGAGAAUCACUUGAACCGAGGAGGCAGAGGUUGCAGUGAGCUGGCUCUCCAGCCUGGGUGACAGAGCAAGAGAAAACAUAAUAAUAAUUUUCAAAAUGUUAGGCUGGGGACCGUGGCCAGCACUUUGAGAGGCCAAGGCAGGUAGAUUGUAGCCUAGGAGUUUGAGACCAGCCUUGGCAACAUGGCAAAACGCUGUUUCUACAAAAUAGCUGGGUGUGGUGCCUCUGUAGUUCCAGCUACUAUGUAGCCUACUAUGUAGGCUGAGGUGAGAGGAUCACUUGAACCCAGGAGGUCCAGGCUCCAAUGAGCUAUGUUCAUGACACUGCGUUCCAGGCUGGAUGAUAGAGCGAGAUCUUAUCUCAAAAAAUAAAUAAAUAAAUAAAUCCAGCCUAAGCAACAUGGUGAAUGAAACCCCAUCUCUACAAAAAAUACAAAAAUUAGCUGGGCAUGAUGGUGUGUGCCUGUAGUCCCAGCUACUUGAGGGGCUGAGGCAGGAGGAUCACUUGAGCCCGGGAGGUCAAGGCUACCGUGAGGUGUGUUCAUGCCACUAUACCUCAGCCUGGGCAACAAAGUCAGUCCCUGACUCAAAAAAUAAAAACAACAACAAAAUAUAAAUUCCAUGCUUAUUUACUUUGUGAAUAAAGAGGCAAGAUACAGUUUUAUCUGUCCUGAAUCCCUGACUUUUUUUUUUUUUUUUUAGAUGGAGUUUCACUCUUGUUGCCCAGGCUUGAGCGCAAUGGUGAAAUCUUGGCUCACUGCAACCACUGCCUCCCAGGUUCAAGCGAUUCUCCUACCUCAGCCUUCCGAGUAGCUGGGAUUACAGGUGCCCACCACCAUGCCUGGCUAAUUUUUUUGUAUUUUUAGUAAAGAUGGGGUUUUGCCAUGUUGGCCAGGGUGGACUUGAAUUCCGACCUCAGGUGAUCCACCCGCCUCAGCCUCAAAGUGCUGGGAUUACAGGUGUGAGCCGCUGCACCCAGCCCUGAAUCCCUGACUUUGUUAAUGACCUGUCCUUACCAACUAUGACCUAGAGAAGAUUUAGCUUUUCAAGAAUUUUGGAGAACGAUGGCAUAAAAAUGGGUUAUUUCCUUAAAUCAGUUUUUUAGCAUUAUACUACCUAAGCUCGUUUGGUCUCUCACAGACAAGGAAAUACAUCAUAUUGUAGGUUGCAUUCUUUUAAUUUCGAAGAGUCACAAAACUCACAUUAUUUAGAGCAACAAUAUUUGUAUUUAGAAAUUAAAAAUUCAUGAUUUCAAGAAAAUACAUAAAAUUUACAUUUUUGAGUAGUUUGAAUAAGUUUCUAUCUUAGUUAUAAUAUUUGUCAGAAAUAACAAAACAAACUCAAAACCUUUAUUAUUUUCAGUCUCUUUAUAACUGAUGUGGUAUGGUAUCAUCAUGAAAUGUAAACAGUGGUACACUGAGUAGUUGUCUUGCUCUUCAGUCUCUGUGGCUGAGAACUGAAAUAACUUAGAAGAGAGAGAUUUUUAUGAGAGCAGUUUUAGAAUCCUGACACUGAUGUAUAGAACUCUAAUUUUAAGUUUAUUUAUAUAUUAUAUCUCUGAUCUUUAGUCACACUAAGACUCUCAAAAUGUUGGCCAAGAUUGCUAAUGAUUCAUACCUACUUGAUUUUUCAGGGCUCCUAUAAAGUUGUGUAGGGAUAUUUUUCCAUUUUUGAUAAAUAUCUAACUUUGAGGCAUUCACUUUUGUAAACCGCGAAAGUGCCUUACAUUCAUGUGUACCUCAUGAGUAUUUUAAGUUGAUGCCCAGUGCUGUACUAUAUCCUGUAUAUAUGUGUUGUGUGGUAUCUGUUGAAAUGAUUCUUGUAAUUUAGAAAGUUAGAAAAUAGAAAUGUAAAUGAAAAUGUGACGACCUGACUGCAGAAUUUUGAGUACUGAACCACAUUUAAGUGAGGCGUUUUCAUCCAUUGUCUCUCAUUUGCUCUCUCAGGAAUCAUAUUCUAGUCUGUAUGUCUUCUUUCCUCUUAGCUGUCCAAAGCUGUAUGAUGGAUGGGUGAGAAGGAUGUGCAUUUUGGUUGAUAGGAAAAAUGCUUCUGUUUUCUUCCUUUUCCCCCUCACUUCAAGCACUGAUGAUUACAUUGGUUGAGCUACCUCAUCCAUUAAUGUGAAAGGCUACACAUCAUCAGCUCGUGUUCAAGAAGUAGCACAUCCCAGGUAAACAGAGUAGGCCAUUAUUCAACACUUGAGAUGAGCAUAUUAAAAGCAUUCAGAUAUCAAUGACAGAAGAAGCAAGCCCUAAUGUUUCUUUAUAACAGCUAUUCCUGCAAGAAAUGCAAACACACCAUAGUUUUCUGUUCCGUUACAAGAUUACUAAGAGAUGGAAAAUAUUAUCAUUUUCUAUUUCAUCAACAGUACGAUUGCAUACAUACUAAGUUGUAAAGACUGGAAUUACAAAAAAUGAUUGUCCUAAUUGAAGCAAUCCUCAAUCCAUUUGAGUCUGUACAAUACCCCAAAAAAUAAAAGUGAAAAAUUUGUUGAAAGUGUUUUGAAUAUGUAGGUUAUUCUGUUUGUAAAACAUUUUAUAUGUAUGUCAACAGGGUUUUGUUGUUUAAUACUGAUAUAAUAAAGUUUUAUUAUUUCUGA